CUCUCUCUCUCUCUCUCUCUAACGCCGUCUCAGACAGAGUCAACACGGAACAAGGCCACAACCCCACAAACCCUUUUUUCUCUUCUAAGUUCCUCUCCUUCUGUUUCCACCACCUUCUCAGAAAAACCCUAGAACUUUAAUUCCCAAUUCCCAUUUUAUAAAAAAAUUCCGAAAGUCAAAGUACCAAGAACCUCAAUCUAUAUAUAUAUAUAUAUCUAUCAAAAUUCCCAGCGAUCUCUCUCUCUCUCUCUCUCUCUCGCGCGCAUGACGAAGUGAUAAUUACGUCAACGCGUUUCGGUGUUUUUUUUUUUUUUUUCCGAUUUGUUCCGAGGAAAAUGUCGUCAGAGAUCGAGGUCGUUGACGAGGCUCAGAACGGGGAUCGAGAAUCGGCGGCUGUGGUGGCCAAUUCGGUCGGCGGCGGAGCAUCUGGCAAUGGGGUUGAUGAGGAUAGCCUGAGGAACGACGUUUACACGGCGGCUGCAUAUGGGGAUUUGGAGAAGCUGCAUAGGCUGGUGGAAAGCGAGGGGUGUUCGGUUUCUGAGCCUGAUGGGCUCGGUUACUAUGCCCUCCAGUGGGCCGCCCUUAACAACCGAACUGCCGCUGCCCAGUAUAUCAUUGAGCAUGGAGGAGAUGUAAAUGCAACAGAUCAUACGGGGCAAACAGCAUUGCAUUGGAGUGCUGUGCGGGGUGCAAUCCAGGUUGCAGAGCUUUUACUCCAGGAGGGUGCACGUGUUAAUGCUGCCGAUAUGUAUGGUUAUCAGACAACACAUGUUGCUGCUCAAUAUGGUCAGACUGCUUUUCUUUACCAUGUUGUUUCAAAAUGGAAUGCGGACCCAGAUGUUCCUGACAAUGAUGGAAGGAGCCCUUUGCACUGGGCUGCUUAUAAAGGUUUUGCCGAUUGUAUACGUCUUCUUUUGUUUUUGGAUGCAUAUAGAGGACGUCAAGAUAAAGAGGGUUGCACUCCCUUGCAUUGGGCUGCUAUUAGGGGCAAUUUGGAGGCAUGCACAGUGUUAGUGCAGGCUGGCAAGAAGGAGGACUUGAUGGUGACAGAUAACACUGGCCUUACCCCAGCACAGCUUGCCUCUGAUAAGAAUCACAGACAAGUUGCCUUUUUCCUUGGGAAUGCUAGAAGAUUACUUGACAAUCGUUGUGAUGGGAACAGUCGCCUUGGAAAAAUUUCCAAAUUAGGACUUGCGCCUAUACUUUGGUGCUUAAUCUUUGUGUUGCUAGUGACCUAUAUUCAUUCUGUUAUUAUGGCAACAAAUCUGCCAAAGUUAACAGCUGGUAAUAGUUUUCUUGCUUGGCUUGGAGUUUUUUUUGCAACUAGUGGGCUUGUUAUGUUUUAUCGUUGUAGCAGCAAAGAUCCAGGUUACAUCCAAAUGAAUGCAAACGAUCCUCAAAGCAUGAAAGAUGAUGAACCUCUCUUAAAAAUUGAAAUGAAUAAUCCAGCUUUGCUUGCUGGGAAUUGGUCUCAGCUUUGUGCAACAUGCAAGAUUGUCAGGCCACUUCGUGCAAAGCAUUGUUCCACUUGUGAUCGUUGUGUUGAGCAAUUUGAUCAUCACUGUCCCUGGGUGUCCAAUUGCAUUGGCAAGAAAAACAAAUGGGAUUUCUUUAUCUUUCUUCUUCUGGAAGUUUUGGCAAUGAUUUUUACCGCAGCAACUGCUUUUGCAAGAGUUGUGAGUGAUCCAUCUGCUCCAUCUUCUUUUGGAGCAUGGAUUACUCAUGCUGGUACAAGACAUACUGGUGCUAUAUCUUUCUUUUUGAUGGAUUUUUUCCUUUUCUUCGGUGUGGCAGUUUUAACAGUUGUGCAAGGUUCUCAGAUAUCUCGAAAUAUCACAACAAAUGAAAUGGCAAAUAUAAUGCGCUAUAGCUACCUUAGAGGACCGGGCGGUCGGUUCAGAAACCCAUAUGAUCAUGGGAUCAGGAAGAACUGUUCUGAUUUCUUGAUCAAUGGUUACAAUGAGGACGUGGAAUAUAUUGAAGAAUCAGGCCAUGCAGAGGAUGGAAUUGGAUUGAUGAAUAUGCCAAAGACUUCUAAUUUGCAGAAUGGGAAUGGGCAUUCUUCUCACCAUGCAAAUGGAAAUGGACAUGGCCAUGUUGCUUUGAAUGUGAAUAAUAGGAAUUCAAAAGUUCAUCAUGGUCAUGUUCAUUCUGCAAAUUGCAGCCAUAACCACAAGAGUAAUGGUAAAACUAAAACUGAUGGUACUCCAUUGGGCUUGGGUCUUGGUCUAGGGCGCAACACUGCCCGAUCUGUUGUAGCUUCUUGAUGAUCCUGUUCAACUGCACUAGUUGAAGUUGUGUUUGUAUUAUAAUUUUACAUCUCAUUUAACUUCAAUUAUUCAAUUGAUUAUUGCUUUUUUCCAGGUAAA